AUGCAUCCAGUCAUUAACACGGAAGAAGAUUCUGCGGGAAACGUCAGUACUUUGUCACCUUCAUCUGUUUCAUUGAAACAGCGAUCCUUUCAUGUCAUUGGUCACAAUUCUGAGAAUUUAUCUUGUAGUGGAUGUCAUCGGAAUUCUACCGGUUCCAGUUCAAGUCAUGACAGCUCAUCUGGCUUUGAAAGUAUGAAGAGUGGUUCUUCUCACGGUUGUUCAACUACUGAUAGUGCUGCUAGUGCAGUUAGUAGUAAUUCCUCACUUCUUGCAACUUCUGUUGGUCAACUUACACGAGGGGACAGCCCACUUUCACGCCUUUCAACCCAAAGCAUUGGUAGUGUUAGUGCUUCUCCAGUUGUAAAUAACGUGUCUAAUGUAUAUGAGGAGACAAGAAGGAAGCAAUAUCCUGGGCAAAAUACAGAUAAUAAUUGUAAAGUAUCCGUUUCCGAUAUGGUGCUAAAAGGAGUUCCGGAAGCAGAAAUUUUGGCUUUGUGGUUGGAUAGUUUAGGACAUUCAGAAUAUCUGUCAACAUUUCUCACUCAAGGUUAUGAUUUGACAACAAUUGCCCGAAUAACACCUGAAGACUUGACUGCGCUAGGAAUAACCCAGCCUAGUCAUCGUAAACUCCUCAUUUCUGAAAUUCAUAAAUGGCGUGUAACUGACGCUUGGCCAGCUUCAGUUCCAUCAGGAGAGCUAAGAGAAUGGCUUCUGUUGAUUGGUCUUCCCGAGUAUAUUGAAUUAUUCGAAGUUCAAGGAUACUCUUCACUUGGUGAAGUUCAAAGUUUAACAUGGGAAGAUUUUGGAGAUAUUGGUAUCAAAAAAUUAGGACAUCUAAAACGUCUCGGACUUGCAAUAAAAAAAAUUAAGGAUCAUGAAACUAGUAGAAGUCAAUCGAGUUGUAAGUUGCAACAGUUAGUAAGUGUUGCAGUGCAUCAUAAUAAGCUCAAUAACCAACAAGUUGACGAUAAUUUUCAUCUACACCAGACUCCUCCACCUCCUGCUCCAACAUCUACUCUCUACCCAGCUAGUUCAGGUGGUUUACACGAUCAAUAUGGUACCUGGAAGCAACAUCCACAUUAUUGUGACGUACUCUCUACAGAUUUGCAUACUUCACAGAAACAAAUGGCUUAUCAACACUAUCGAUUGGCUCCGUAUCGUUCUCAAGAAAUAUCCGAAUGUGAUGAUACUACUGAAUGCGAUAUGAAUGAACAAAAAUCAAGUUCAGUACAGUUGAAUCUGUAUUCACCAUCUCGAAUUCUUUCUGAUGGAGGUUUUCAAAAGCAGUCUUUUUGUCGACGGCCAUUACCUCCUGCUAAAAUUCUCAGUACUGCUGAUAAUUCUAUCACUUCUGAUCCCGAAGAUUAUCCACCUCCUCCUGCACCCUUAGCUUGUGAAGGAUCAAUCCGAUUUUUGCGAUCAGCUUUUCAUGAAUCAGCUAUAGCAGCAGCAGAAUCAGAAAGAUAUAAAGAAUGUAAUUUUGAAAAAAAUUAUAAUAUCAAUAGUUCCUUCCGCGUUCCGGAGCAUCUCCCGUUUGCAAAUGAUAAUUGUGGUACAAUCAAAAGUCGUGAUAGCUUAUCAUAUGUUCGGAAAGUAAAUGAACAAUCUAAUGUUGACAGUUUUUCACAACCGAAUACACCUCGUCGAGAUGCUACUGGUGUGUUCAUCGAUGAUGCAGAGCUCAGCAGUUACUCGGCGUCGGCGAGUAAUGGCAGUGUGUUGAACGAUAUCGGUAGCAUGUUAAAGAAUUUAACGGAUGAGCUGGAUGCUUUGUUAUAA